CGUCUCUUCUGUCCUGCAGACUUCAUCAGCUGCGCGCUGCUGCUCACCUGGAGCUGGCGCACAUCCUCGGCGGUGCCAGUGCGCGCUCCCGGCGCAGGCAGCUUCCAGCAGUGCGGCGCGCUCUUUAAGGACCUUCUGAACAGUACCAGGGGCAACUUCAUCGAUGACUUAUGUCAUGGAAUGAUCCCAUUCAGUGACGUGACGCUGAGGAGCGCAGAAACGAUCUACGCCUGCGCACCCAAUCCCACCGAGAGUUCCAGCUGCAGUGUGCAAAGAAAUUCAUCUUUCAGUGAGAGCGAAUGCAUGAGGAACAUCAUGAAAGACCUGGCCUACUAUGAUGCAGCUAUGCAGUCCUACCUCAAAUCUGACCUCUCCCGACCCGAGAUUGAGAUUCCUCCUUUAAACCACACUCUGACAAUAAUACAGAACCUGAGGAGGGAUUGUUCCCUGACAGCGAAUGGGGAGAUCAACUCCUUGGAGGAUUCUAAGAAUCUGUGGCCAAACACCUCUUUCAGAAACCGGCAGAAGAUGUGCAAGAUGAUGAAAGGCCUCCACGUGCGUUCCAUCACCAUCAAUCGAGCUCUGGGCUACAUCUCCUCUGGAGACCACAGGAAGUAAAUGCCUCAAAGCCUCCAGAACAAAGCCAUCGAUCCAAUCAGCACUGCAAUCGCUCCACUCCCCAAAUUUACUAAGCCGUAACAAUAAUUCACUACCAUCACAACUACUCCGUGUGGUGCUUUGCACCAACCGAGCUGCAAAAGUGUCUGCUGCUCUGUCAGAUCUUCAGCUGACAGACAAGUGUGGAUGAAUGUAUUCAAAUAGUUGCUUGACAGUAUUAUUUAUUUAUUUAAAAUCUAUUUAUGAAUGUAUUUAUUGGAUGGCAUGCAAUGUUUUUUUUUUUUUACUGUCUAUCAUGAAAACAUUUGUUUUUGUGACCUAAAGUUUUGUUUUCUUUUGGGAAAACUUGAUGGAAAUCCAAUUAUACUAAUUGGACUGUAAUGUUGUUCGAAUGUUCAGAACGAUGCGUUUGUAUUAAACACAGUGCAAAAACUGGUUUCAUUGCAGAAAUGUUUAUUUUUUUCCGGGAAAAGGCGAAUUGGAAUCAAGCGGUACAGUUGAACAACUUAUAAACAAUGCUACACACAACCGACCCGUUUGAGAAUAGCUAGGACAAGUAAGGUUGUAGCACCACAGGAUGAGAAAAAAAAGGAAUAAAAUACAGAAAAAU